AUGGAAACAGUAGAAUAUCCACAGGCACAAGUGAAAGGAAACAAUGUAGGAAGUAGCCUCAAAGAUAAACUAGGAGACCAGCUUUCUUGUAGGCCUUGUAGGGGAAGUUGUGUUUCAAUGGCACUUGCCAAGGACCCUACCUGCUCUCUUCAAUCCUCCGAGCCUUACAAAUUUGAUGAAGGAGGCGACUUGGAAGGGAUUGUCAAGAAUUUUCCGAUGACUAGAUCAGAUUCCGACGGUUUCGUGUUCCGGCCUCCGAAGGAAGUUCACUCUUUGAUCAACUUCAAAGGUUCAGUGUAUGAUGGUUUCGUUCAUGGGACUAAUUGUGGAUCUCUGCUUAGCUUUGAGCAAAAUGACAAGGCUCUGCAUGAUGCUUACUUGAAAACCAUCAGUCAUAAAGAUGAUUAUUCAAUGUGGGAGGGUGGUUCAGAUCCGAAUUAUCGAUGGAAUACGAUGAACACGAAGAGCUGUACCGAUCCUCGCCUGCUUGAAGAUUUUAGCUGCUUUGAAACUGCUAGCGGUUUUAGUUCCAUAACAAAAGAGAACAGUGGAGAUUGGUACUACUCUGAAGCAGCAGUGGUUUCUGAUAGUAUCCCGGAGUUACAAUCACCCGAAGCAGCUGGCGUCAAGCGUCCCAAUACAGGAGACAGCAAUCAAGCUUUGAAGAAACAAUGCAGCAACGAUGCAAAGAAGACGAAAACUAAGUCCGGUCCAUCAAAGGACCCCCAAAGUAUUGCAGCCAAGAAUCGACGUGAGAGGAACAGUGAGCGGUUGAAGAUACUACAAGAACUGGUACCCAAUGGCUCCAAGGUUGAUCUGGUUACCAUGCUGGAGAAGGCAAUUAGCUAUGUCAAGUUUCUUCAGUUGCAAGUGAAGGUGUUGGCAACAGAUGAAUUUUGGCCAGUUCAAGGUGGGAAAGCUCCUGAUAUUUCUCAAGUUAGGGAAGCCAUUGAUGCUAUACUCUCAUCUCACAAAGACAAGGUGUAA